CCUUGCAGACUCGCAACCCCCACCAACCUUUCACCCUAGUAAGCCCUAGCUUGUGCCUAAUGCCUCUUCACCGAAAAAUCAGGUAGUGAGACUUGAGAUGGAGGGAACCGAGGGGAGUGAUGAGCUAGAGAGCUAGCCUCUUGUCUUUUGGAGUAAGGCCACUAAACAAAAAAAAAAAAAAAAUUUUUCGACAUAGCCUUUGGACCAUAGAGCAUUCUUUUGUAGAUUAGAUUUCCCCUUGGAGAUAGUAAUGGCUAUAUUGAUGGACUUGUAUAAGUUUUUGUAUACUCUUGGCCUAGCAAAGCUUUGGAUCUUGAAAGUCAAAUUUUAUUUUAAGAUAUUGAUCUUAGUUAUGGAUUGCUAGUUGUGAAUUAAGCAAGUUUGAGCCUUGUGGAUUUGUAAAAUCCUCAUAGGUGUACGGCAUUUGUUUUGCUCUUAGUUCUAGGGCAUGACACAUGAUGUGGGUGAGGUUGUGGAUUUGACAAAGAGAUUGCUAACUUGGCAAAGAUGAUGAUGAGAUGCAACUGAUUUGUGGAUAAAGUAAUUAAAUUCAUUGUCAUGUUUAUUUAAUUGUCAUGUACUAAUACCUCUUUUUUUUCAUAUAUUUAAUGUCUUUAUUUUAUUAUUCAAUUAAAGAUGACAGAUAAUCAUCAUUGGAUGUAUAGACAACAAGGUCCUCGUGGAGAUUGCAAUGAUGAAUUCUUUAAUGGAUUGGAGUAAUCUUUUGAUUUUGUAUAUAGUCAUCUUGGUGCCAACUCGAAUGCCAAAAUUCACUACCCUUGUAGUAAACGUAAGAAUUUACC